AUGGUCUCCAAGACUAGCAAGCGAAGCCACUCGGGAGAGGAGGCCACAACCUACAACCUCUACAUUGUCAAGGGCAAAGGCAAAGGCAUCAUUUUGAUUGCAUCUUUGGAGGUUCGAGGAGAGGAAGGUGGCAUGAAUCUGAACCUGACAAAUUUCUCCGACCAGAUGCAAGUGGAAAUGCUUUUUGACGGUUGGUCUGGACAAGAUGAGCUUCGUGGACAGCGGCGCGGGAAAUUUGGAGAUGGCUUGCAGUCUGCCAUUUGCGUUCUGUCCAGAAAGCCUGGGGUUGAGGUGAAGAUAUAUUCAAACGGGCACAUUUGGAGCUUUGAUUGGGCCUUCACCACUCAGGUUGCCAAAGUGCGCAAUGUGAAGUGCCUCCGGGUCAAAACUGAUCCCUGCGCACCUUCGCAGACUUUGCAGGGACGAUUUACGUCGCGAGAUGAGGGUGCUCAAAAAAGCGGAGAACAUGCACGGAUUGAACCUCCAGAAGCUUGA